AAGUAAUCUCUAUGUGGCAGUUGAAAUCCCUGAGUGCAGGAGCAGAGCAGUGGAAGGCAGGAAGAGAAGGGGAGUCGACAGCAUGAGGAGCUGCAGAGGAACUUUAUGAAACUUCUUCUCCGUGGAAGCUCUGGUCUCUUCUCUCCAUGAGUGCUGCGAGUGUGCUCACGUCUUUCAGUCCGUCGGCCAUGCCCGGCCCAGUCAUGGAUGUGGCCAUGAGAUUCUACAUCAGCCACUCUCCGCCGCCGCUCCGGGGUUUCCUCAGCUCCUAUGAGGAUCUGCAGCGAGCCAACAACCGGGUCAACCAGUCCACCGGCCACUACCACCAGCAGCGGCUCUACAAACCCCUGCGGCCCUGCCUCAGCAGCCAGCACAAAGACGGCGGUGGCUGUGUGGCCUGGAACAACCGGGCCGGCAAGAAGAGGGUGGUGUUCGCCGACUCCAAGGGGAUGUCCCUCACAGCCAUCCACGUCUUCUCCAAGUUCGACGAUGAGCCGUAUAAAAUGAAGCGUUGUGGAGGCAUCAUGGAGGACCUGCAGUUUGACAUGACAGACCUGGAAUCAGCCGCCAAGGAACUGAAGAUCAGCUCGGCGGGCAGCCUGGUGCUGGACUUCAGUCAGCCCUCUGCCGACUACCUGGAUUUCCGGAACCGCCUGAUUCAGAAUUCGGUCUGCUUGGAGAACUGCUCCCUGCAGAAGCGCUCCCUGACCGGCACCAUCAAGGUCCGGAACAUCGGCUUCGAGAAGUCGGUGCAGGUGCGCACCACCUUCGACUCGUGGACCAGCUUCACAGACGUGGAGUGCACCUUCAUGAACAACGUGUACGGCUGCCAGGACACUGACACCUAUGCCUUCGUCCUGGAGCUGCCGUCCCACGUCCCACCACAGAACCAUGUCGAGUUCUGCAUCUGCUUCAAGGUCCAGAGUCAGACCUUCUGGGACAAUAACGACGGCAAGAACUACGUUCUCAAACACGUGGGCUUGAACGGCGAGGACCUGAACAAUCGCACGUCCCAGACUGUUGAGCACAAGAAGAGUCCGGAGCAGACCAACGGGGGCCUGAAGCUUCUGGAGCUGGACUUCGAUCAGUUCGGAAGCCCACGCAUGUCCAGCGGCCUGUUCCCCGGCUGGCAGAGCUGGGGUCAGAUCGAUAACAAAGUGCCUUACUGGUGAGAGCGGGGGGGAGGUGAGCUGAGACGCAGCUGAACUUAGUGAAGCCCCGACAGGACUCAGUGUGACUGGACUGGCUCUCGGCCACAAACGACACUGAAGCAAACAAACUUUGCUUUUCAGCAGAGGAAGAACCCGGAACGUUCCGUGCUCAGCUGACCUGAGAACUGUGACGAGGGAAUCUGUCCACACGUUCCUCUGCUGUAAAGUACCCAUGUGCCUUCAAAGUAAAACACACAGUAUCUGUACAAUCCACAGCAUAUGUGUGAUGUGUUCAAUCUGCACUGAUUGAUUGAGACGUCCCUCUCAAUGUGAGUUCUGUCCCCUGCAGGAGCAGAAGUGGAGGACGUCCUUCAUAUUGAAGGGAGUGCAUGGGGGGUGCACGGGGACGAGCUGCGACUCUGCUAAAGCAAACACAGCUGAUUCAUUUCUAAUGAAUCAUGCACACUAAACCUUCGCACCUUCAGAAAAGUAAUUAAACACGAUUGAAAGUUGAGGUCACGCUGCCCCCUGUGUCCCGCGCUGUGAAUUGCACAUGUUUGUCUGACGCUAAAUGUUUGGAUGAUGUAAUUUUGGGGAAAGUUUGUAAAGGAACUGAGCUGCUAUCAAAGGACGAGUCUCUGCAUGUGAUUGGUCGCCUCGAAUGAGGAAGAAGUUUGGAAAUGUGUGUGUGGUUAUCGAAUGUCGGGCGAGAGAUUGUGUAAAUACCGAAUGUUUGUGUUUGCCUGUUUUCACAAGUGCAAUUCUGUGAUGAGUGUAAAGUACGUGAGGCAGGGAUCUAUGAAAUGAUCUAUAUAUUUCUUCGGGGUCUGCCCCCUCACGAGUUGUGUUUCACCUGAAGGUGUGUGUAGCUGACAAGCACUGCGUCAGGCAUGUAUUUCCCUUUUCUCAAAUAAAUGUCUAUAUUUGUGCUGAAA